AUGUCGUCAACUCCAACACCUAAAUCAAAGUUCUUUGUGCCAGCAAAAGUAGAAAUUACGUCAAGUGAUUCCGAUGAAUACGUUUCCAACAGUACAUUUAGUGCCGAUGAUUCACAAGAUGAACCAAUAUACACUCAGACCGAGUCGGAUAUUCUUGAUCACAUCAGGAAUUCAUGCGGAACGCUCACAAAACCACUUUGCAUCCAAAGAAUCACUGCUGAACAAGAUACAUCUGGGCUAGCAUCAGUCCGAGAGGCACUUUACGACUACGUGAGGAUUCACAAGUCCAACACCAUGCCACCUGGGGCACUAAUACGCAGACGUCCCAAACGUAGAGGAACUGGUGACAACAUAACAGCGAUAUUAGCAAGUGAUAUAUACACGCUCUAUAUGUUUAUAGAAGGAGCUGCAAACAUUUCAGAGGUCAAACUGAUGCUCAACACAAAAUCAAAAUCUCGGAAAUCAAUGGUGGCUUCACAAAAAUCUAUUGAGUUAAGCUCAAAAUCCAUAGAUCCAACAUCAUAUAACUUAGUUAACCAUGAUCAAAUCGCAACACUGCUAGCAAGCACGAUUGAAAUGAAAUAAAAACCAUCUUUGAUGAAGGUCUCGUGCAAAUUAAAUCAGAAAUUACAAGUUUAAAGAAAGAAAAAGAAGCUGAGUUGAAGAAAAAGGUGG